UGCACAUUGAAAUAUGACUGGAAUGCCACGUUCCAGUGGACUAAAACGUCAGGAAAGACACCAACGGAAAAUACUGGUCCAACAUAUGAUCACACCACGUUUACCAAGGAUGGUAAGGAGUGCGUUCUGGACUUAGACUUCUUGAGAUCAUUUUUUCUGCCCUCGUUCAAACUAUUUUUUACAAAAAUGUCGAGUAGGAAAUCCCAGUGAAAUAUAAAGUUAUAAAAUACACCAAGCAAUGAUUGUAAUCUAUCCAAGAAAUAUUUGGAGGACAUACUCGACCAAAUAAGGAAAGAAUCCUGAAAAUUUCGUCUAUCUAUUGACAGAACGAUUUCUACCCGUCACUCUGAUUUACUAAGCUUCUGAUUUUGUUUUCUUGUUUUUGAUUUCACGUUUCUAAUUAGUCUUUUCUUAAGGAUUUAUAGUUUUAUAGAUGCAAUAUUUGUAACUCCGUCAUUGUAAAAAAUGUAGUUCUAAAAAUAAUUUUGCAAUGUUACCAAGGAAAAUAAGCUAAUUAAAAUUUUCUAGGAUCAGCCUCCUCGACGUUCUAUAAUAACGUUAUAACUGUGAAAAUGCAGAAUUUGCUACUAAUGUUUUCGUCUUCCUACUAUUUUUUUUUGCAUAGCCUAAACUUUAAAAGAAACAUAAGCAUAAAUAGUUCUUAUUCUGUAACAGGGUCGUAUAUCUACAUCGAAGCCUCUCCACAAAUACCUGGAGACGCAGCAAGGCUGUUUAGUGACUGGAUGGAACCCAAUGAAGUAGUUUGUAUUCAGUUUUGGUAUCACAUGCACGGG